AUGACAAAUGACGAGGACGAUGAAAGGAUGACUCGCGUUAGUCCAGGUGGUGGAGGAGGAGAAGAAGAAGAAGAAGGAGGAGCGGUGGAAGAGGAGGAGGAAGAAGGAGAUGAAGCAGAUGAGGAAGACGAAGAUGGAGAAAUUACUCGAUGUAUUUGUAAACAAGAUGAACUUCAUUCCGAUACAAUCAAUGCUGAAUUUGCCCAAUUUUUAAAAAGAAAUUAUAAAAUCACCAUUGAUCAAGGAUUAUUCAUCAGCUGUGAAAAAUGUGGUGUUUGGCAACAUGGGUAUUGUGUUGGCUUAUUCACCAAUGAUGAUGUACCCGAUUUGUACUGGUGUGAAUUGUGCAAACCGGAAAAUCACCUUUUCGUUAAAGUUGAUGGUUAUCCGAAACGAACCUUGUACAAGCCAGUCAAUGAUAGGCGCAAAAAAAUUGAACAGUUUGGUAUUGGUGAUGGAGUCAAGGUGGAGUCACUGGAUAACAAGAGAAGAAGGGUUGAUCGAGGAGAACGAGUAUCUCCUCCUCCAACAACAACAUCAUCAUCAACAACAACAGCAGCAGCAGCAGUCACCCAGAUAAAAGAUCGACGGAAAGAUAGACGGACUCAUCACCAUCAUCUGGAUGAAGAUGAGUAUGAUAAACAGUUGCGAAAAGCUUUGAGGGAAAGUGCCAAAGAAUCUGGUUUGCCGGUGGAUGAGUCAGAUGCUACUGGUACGGCAACUAGCGUCGGUGCUGCUGGAGCGGGAGGUGGCAGCCGGAAUGCCAGUGGCAGUGCCACUGGUACCGGUAUUGGAACCGGCACUGGCACUGGCCACUAUUCACCUCGGAAAAGAACAAGUCGAGGUGUAUCUGGUGCAAAUUCGGAAGUUGACAAUGAUUCUUCGAUUAAGCGAGAACUUGAAGAUGAAGAUUCGGAAACCGGGGGAUCCAAUGGUGGUGGAAACAAAUCUGCAACAAGCACAAGAGGCGGUGGUGGUGUUGAUUCAAGAAGGUCGCGAAACAAGACUAGCAAGAAAAAGCGUGAUUCUCCUGCUAAUACUUCACUAACAGGCGGUGCUAACACCGGUACCACUGCCACUUCUGGUAACUCUUCAUCAGCGGCAUCUUCAGCGGCAGCUGCCGCCGCAGCAGCAGCUCAAGCAAGUAAAGAUGAGUUGAUCCAAGCACCGUACAAGCCCCGCUAUGUUAGUGCACAAUCAUCCAUCUAUGACUUGAGGAAACGUACCAGUGCCAUUAUUGAAUGGAUAGCAAGAACACAAUACGAUUUACAACAAGAGCGAAAUUACAAGUUUGAAUUAUUUUCAUUCGCACCUGAUUCUGAAGCUACACAAGAAGAGAAACGUGCUUUGGAACUGAGUUAUAAUGACAAGUUAGUCAUGAUUGAUGAUUUACAACGCAAGAUUAAUGAAUGGGAGAUUCAAUUUGGUAAGUAUGCUCCGUAG